AUGGCUGUUCAGCUGUCAGAGCAAGUAUCACUAAAUGGGCAACACAGACUCCACACAAAAAAAUCUUAUGAAUGUAAGGAGUGUCAAAAAAAGUUUCCUCAUAUAUCAAGCCUAAUCAUACAUGAGAGAGUCCACACAGGAGAGAAAUCUUAUGAAUGUAGGGAGUGUGGAAAAGCUUUUUCUUGGAAGUCAAGCAUGCAUACACAUCACAGAUUGCACACUGGGAAAAAAACUUAUGAAUGUAGGGAGUGUGGGAAAGGCUUUUCUUAUAAGCAACACCUCAUUGCACAUCAGAGAAUCCACAGUGGGGAAAAGCUUUAUGAAUGUACUGAGUUUGGAAAAGCUUUUCUUCAUAAGUCAAGAAUAAUCAUACAUGAGAGAAUCCACACUGGGGGAAAACCUUAUGAAUGUAGUGAGUGUGGAAAAGGAUUUUCUGCUAAGUCAACCAUUAGAUCACAUCAGAGAAUAUACACAGGGGAAAAACCUUAUGAAUGUAGUGACUGUGGGAAAAGGUUUCCUUAUAAGUCAAACCUCAUUAGACAUCAGAGAAUCCACACUGGUGAAAAACCUUAUGUAUGUAGUGAGUGUGGAAAAGCUUUUAAUCAUAAGUCACACCUCAUUAGACAUCAGAGAAUCCACACUGGGGAGAAACCUUAUGAAUGUAGUGAGUGUGGAAAAGCUUUUUCUGAUCAGUCAAGCAUGAUCAUACAUCAGAGAAUCCACACUGGGGAAAAACCUUAUGAAUGUAGUGAGUGUGGAAAAGCUUUUUCUCAUAAGUCAAGCAUUAGAUCACAUCAGAGAAUCCACACAGGUGAGAAACCUUAUGAAUGUAGUGAGUGUGGAAAAGCUUUUUCUUGGAAUUCAAAUCUAAUGGUCCAUCAGAGAAUCCACACAGGGCAAAAACCUUAUGAAUGUAGUGAGUGUGGAAAAGCUUUUCUUCAUAAGUCAAGCAUGAUCAUACAUCAGAGAAUCCACACUGGGGAAAAGCCUUAUGAAUGUAGUGAGUGUGGAAAAGGCUUUCCUUGUAAGCCACACCUCGUUAGACAUCAGAGGGUCCACACUGGAGAAACACCUUAUGAAUGUAGUCAGUGCGGAAAAGCUUUUUCUCAGAAGUCACACCUAAUCAUACAUCAGAGGGUCCACACAGGGGAGAAACCUUAAGAUUGUAGUGCGUAUCUUCAAGCCUUUACUUACCAGACAGGUUUCAUUCAACAUCACAGUAUCCAUACAUGA